AUGGGCCUGUUGCUCAUUUUUUUCUUGGCUUCUGUUGCUGCUGUCACAACCGAACCCUUUGAAGGAAACAACUCCAUAGCCCUCUACGCCCGUGGCGUAUCUUAUCAACUAGAUGCCAUCACUGGCAUUUGCUCUACCUACGUUGUCCAAGCACUUGACAGCAGCAACUGUACAAGGAUCGCCGAAGCCAAGGGUAUUACAGUGGAUGAUAUAGAAAACUACAACAAAAAGACCUGGCUCUGGAAAGGCUGCAAACAUAUUAAGCAGGGAGAUUUCAUAUGUCUCGGGCCUGGGGCUAUUCCGAUGCCAGUUUCGCUUCCGAAUGCUAAGUGCGGUCCGCAGGUUAUUGGAACUCCAAGACCUGAUAAUAUAGAUGAUAUCGCGAGCUUGAACCCGUGUCCAUCGAAGGAUGAAUGCUGUAUAGGUACGACUGGUGAAUGCCAGGCUAUUUCCCGGAAAAAAUGCAAGGCUAGCCAUGAUUGUAUUCAGAACUGCGUGGACAAGGCAAAGAGUACAACUACAACGACAACAACGACAAAGAAGAGAGCCACGACCACUACCACUACCAUUAUCACAACUAUGGCGGUAACAACAACGACAAGAAAGAAGGAACCACAGACUACAACCACUACAUCUAAACUCCCGGAGCAAACGUGGAGUAUAACCAUCUACGUGGGCAAGCACUGUCUCCCUGAGAACGGCGACUAUAUCAUUGUAGAGGGAUACACAAGCGACUGGUCUGAGUGCGUGGACCUUCAAUCGGGUGACAAUUCCGAUAUGGCCUCGGGUAAGACUUCUUGUCGCCUAUUCAAGGCGAGGGAGGGCACGUCGCAAAGUUGUUACAAUUCAGGCCUGACGGAGCCCCAAUCCUGGUGGGUUCCCAAGGGAGACUGUCAAAUUUUUAGCGAUGCACACUGUGGAUCUUUCAACGGAAUGGCCUACUCGGACUACAGGGAUUCCCAUGACGAAAAAUGUCAGCGUGAUAAUGCAGGUGGCGAUUCGUUCAGUUGGCCGACGGAGUUUGGGUCUGUUAGGUGCGGGCAUGCUGCUUAG